AAAAAAUAAUAAUUGAAAAAUUCAAGAAAAAAAAAAUAAUAAUCAUAAUAUGUCGUAUAUUUAGCUGCUUCGGAAAGCCCCAGCUUUAACAAGAUGCUGAUAGUUGAUUGAUGUCUUUAACCCUGGCUUGAUCCCGCUCGUCCUUCUUUCUUUCAGUUCCUCCUUGACAUAUCCACCAACAACAGGAACAUGUUCACUUGCCCUGUCUUUUGUUGCCUGCUUGUUUUCUCCCGCUAUUAUCCCCUUGCCACUCGUGACUCAACUAUAAGGCACGCAACAACAGGUGGAAACUGACGCCUGCAAGUUCGUUCGUGGAGCGAAGGACGACGGUAGCCAGUGAUCUUGUAACAUCCCAGCUUUCCCAACCAUUGGUCGAGGACCCCCAAAGCGGAAAAUAAGGCAGCACUAGUUAGACCGACUCUCUUUCCCUCGCCCUUAUUUUUUAUUAUUUCUUGUCAGGGAGCUUCCCACCCUUUCUAGAUCAGAGCGGUACUGUACCACAUUGGGACAGAGGAAGCUUUUCCUUUCCUUGACCUGGGCCCUUUCCUUUGACCGUUCAUCUAGCCUGGUUUCCGCCCUAUUGCUGUCGCACCCACAUGGCGUAGGAGCGGUGGCGGAUGAUCGACUUCAUCAGGUUUAAAUCAAACUUCGCCGAUAUAUUUAUUCUUGCUCGCGUGCUGUUCACCAUCUUAGGAACCAGAUUCUGGAAUAUCUGACCCAUUCCAUUUUCCUUCCCUUCAGGGAACUGGUUUUCGAUUCCUAUCGAUCAUCUUUUGGGGUUGUCUUCUACGUCUCCCCUUCCUCCUGCCGCCAAACAGACACCGUGGCUGGAUCGAGUGGCAAGUAUAGUUUUCUCUCGCGGGUCACGGAGGAAUUGGUAAAUCCGGCUUAGACCAACUAGGGUGAGAGCACAUGGACAUCUUGCAUAUCCGUCAACAAACUCCCGCAGAAAAGGUGGAUAUCGCGUCGCUUUUGCAGUCUUACGAUGAGGAGGCGGAAAAGAAGGAUACAAAUGCCAGGAACGUGAAAUCGGACCGUGUAAUCGCAGAGGCAGACGUGAAGUCUUUACCUGAUCCUCAGGUCCCAUUAUCCUCAAGACCAGGAAAACGUCUCCAGCCUGCCCCGUCUUUUGAAAUUCCGGCCAAAAAGCAAUCGAAAUGGUCACCCCAGGAAGAUGCUCUGAUCACAGAGCUUCGAGGCAACGGGUUAAAGUGGGAGGACAUCAGCAAAAUGCUGCCCGGACGAAGCGCCCUUAGCUGCCGACUCCACUACCAAAAUUAUCUCGAGCGACGGAGUGAGUGGGAUGAGGACCGUAAGAACAAACUGGCUAGACUAUACGAAAGAUUCAAAGCAGACAUGUGGUCCAAAAUAGCAUUCGAAAUGGGUAUUCCGUGGAGAGCAGCCGAAGCGAUGCACUGGCAGCUAGGAGAGCACGAGAUGGCGAGACGAGCCGGUGUAUUGCCGUUUCUACUCAGGCAUCCAACAACGGAGCAGCCACCGCCAAAGCUGCGCAGAAUCAACACAGCAGCGUCGAGACCGAAACGAGAUUCCGCAGUGCGAGGUUCGGGCCAACAGCUUCCUUCUGUUGCCGAGUUGACUGCUGGCGUACCUGCAUACGCAUCAGGCAAGCCGCGUGAUCUUCAUUCGAAGGUGAAAUCUCCGAAAUCGCCCUCCGAGCAAAAGGUUGGCCAUCAUGGAACACGCCCAAGUGCGAACACUCGUUCUAGGAAAUGAAAUGUCUUUCUUUCGAAGUAGUUGAUAAGAUAGGUUAUGUCAGGACAUGAUUGCAUAGCGUGGGUUGGGCGGCGGAUAGACCGAGGUUUUGUAUGUUUUUCUCCGUUUUGGUUCGUAUUUUUCUUUUUCGUUCUUCUUCUUUCUCCCUAGUAUUCCAAAUCACAUUUCGGGUUUUGCAUACGUUGAUUUAGUCGUGCUUAGCCAUUUUCUCUUUCCACCCCCUCUCAAACUCACUGUUUAUUUCAUUCGUCGUUUCCCCUCUUCUUAUUCCUUUCUUCUCCUUCCCACUCCCUUCCUAUCGCUUGUUGCUUUCAGUUUUUUGACUCUUCGUUAAAUAUCCCAUUUAAUUUUUAUUAUCUCCCCCAAUAUGUUCAAUUGCGCUCCAACUCGAGACUGGAUGCUUUAUAUAGCGGUAGCGACUUAUAUUGUUUGAAUUCAAUCCACUGGUUUUAAGUUUGCAACAGCCCACCAGUUGUCCUUUUCAUAUCCGUGAUCCAAGACUUGACCACCGGCAGCAGCGAUAUCUCGUUCUAGCUCCUGCGAUUCGUACAAAUGAUAGUAGCGAUGAAAGGUCUUGGUCGAAGCCUCGGAUUUGUCGUCCCCGCUUUUUUUUUCUUUUCUCACCCAGGGUACCAUGACAUCCUGGUCAUCUCCAGCAUCCCAUCCCCUUCUGCUGUUCUUCUGUUCCAGUGCCCAGACGUAGAUUAAAGCUUUGCCACCUUCAUACCCACUUCGAGGUGGUUUGAGGGUCUGCAG